AUGACUCCGGCAGAGGACGAAAGGUCCCCGCUUUCUACGCCGGAGGUGGAGCAACUGAGCCAGUCGCUUCCGCCGCCGGAGGUGGAGAAACGGAGCCAGUCACUUCCGUCGCCAUACCCGUCUCCACCAAAACAGCGGCAAGAGCUGUCUCCAAUUUCACUGCCGUCGCUGUCGCAGCAGGACAAGCCACUUCCGCCGCAGCCGCCUAUCCGACAGCCGUCUCCGUCUGUAUCUCCGGCUCCGACACAGCGCAACCAGGCGAGUUAUGUAUGUUCCCAGUGCGGUAAGGUGUUCUCUUCCUACCAGGCCUUGGGGGGCCACAAAGCCAGCCAUCAUAAGUUCCCCGCCGAAAACAAGCCUCACGCUUGCUCUUUUUGCUCCAAGUCGUUCGCGACGGGGCCAGCGCUAGGCGGGCACAUGAGGGCUCACUACGAGAGGAUUAGACGGCAAGCCGCAGCCGAGAACAGGCCGAUGGCUGGGCCAUCGUCCUCGCUGACUGAGUGCUCGACGGCGAUGGGCUUGUUAAUUGACCUCAACCAGGAGGCGAUGCCGGAAGCGGAAUUGGCUAAGGAAGAGGAAACAGUGAGCUCUCAUCCGGCGGCGGCGGCCACCUCUCCCCCUCCUCGCUUCUUUACUUUCUUUUAA